GUACUUGAAUGGCCUCCACAGUCACCAGAUCUCACUCCAACAGAGCACCUUUGGGAUGUGGUGGAACGGGAGAUUCUCAUCAUGAAUGUACAGCCGACACAUCUGCAGCAACUGUGUGAUGCUAUCAUGUCAAUAUGGACCAGACUCUCUGAGGAAUGUUUCCAGUACCUUGGUGAAUCUAUGCCAUGACGGAUUAAGGUGGUUCUGAAGGGAAAAGAGGGUCCAACCUGGUACUAGUAAGGUGUACCUGAUAAAGUGGCCAGUGAGUUUAUUUACAAAUAUAUAACAAGGAAUAUGGUUAAAUUUCACAUGAGUUUUGUGGAUUUAAACACCUAUUCUUAACAAAUACUAGGUUUAAAAACUUUUUAGAAUGUCAAGGUUGCAGCUCCAGUUAUGGUUAGAUAACUGUUAUAAUAAYCUUGCAACAAAAUAAGAAAUGUUUAUCACUGAAGGGAUAGUGUGACCUUAGAAUAUGACAUGUCAUCACAUUUGUUUUUAAAAAAAUAUUAGCUUUGACCUUUUAAUUCUAAAUUAUAAUUUGACAAAAUAAGUUGACAUUUAAGACAUUUGUGGGGUUUAUUCUAAAAUAAGUGGUUUUUUUUACUGUCAAACACCAGAUUUCUUUCUGAUAAGUUGUAAUUUUCAGUAAAAUGUGAGUUUGAGAUCCCUGACCUGACGUUAUCAGAACUAUUACACCUGAUUAGAAUUUGGCCUGCUGAUUGUCUCUGCCUCAUGGUUAAACUGGGCAGACUGCUCAUAAAAGCCAGGGAACAGAGAGGCUGAAUUAACUCUUCUACAUCUGUUGCUGCUCCUACAGAACCAUGAUGUGGAAGAUCGCUUUGACCUUUUUGGCCRCCCUCUUGGCUGUCGGUUUGGGUCAAGUACCAGGUGGAGUAAACUCAAUAGAUCCCAAUGAUCCAGGAUUUCAAGCGGCUGUGGACUUUGCUGUCGWGCAAUACAAUGCAAAGACUCAACACCGUUACUAUUAUGCUCUGUCAGAAGUGGUCAAGGCUCAGGUUCAGGUAGUUAGAGGAUUAAAAUACAUGAUGAUGCUGGUAUUGGGGAAGACCAUCUGCUUAAAGGACGCCAUCGGUGAAGACUGUCCCAUCAUCAGAAACCAACCUGAGGCUGAAUUUUACACCUGCUCUUUUACCGUGUGGUCAUGGGACAACAAUUUGWCCCUGAUGGGAUCCAGCUGCAUAGACUGACACCGUCUGCAGAACAACCUUCAUUCAGAAUAAAACCAAGAUUUAUUCUUCUUUGUGAGUUGCAAAAGUCUUAAGAUUUGUAAUUCUUCUUGAUGUUACUGACAUUUGAGUAUCUAAAGCAGAGAUCUACAUUUACAUCAUUAUUUAUUAGGCACAAAAUAAAGCAUCAAAGAAGGUUUUGAGAGUCSAAUACCUGUUAAAACUUGAACAUUUAAAUAAAGUUUAUUUAAAACUC